GCCAAGCAACAAAGGCUCUUUUUUUUUUUAUUCUGCCCUGUUUCUGUACUUCCCUAUCUCUCAGCAGGAAAAAAAAAUACCUUGAGAUUUAAAAAAUACUAACAUUUAGAAAAUUGAAUUAAUGACUUUAUGCUAGAUUAAUCUUAAUCUCCCAUUAUUGGAAAUAUGGGCUCUUAAUACCUAAAGAAAAAAAUAAUUAUCAAAAGAAUCUAAUUUGCAAUCUUUAAAAAUGAUGAGAAAUUCCAUGGAUAUGGAGGUUAAGAACAAAUCCGGAAAGAUAAGUAUUCCUAAAAGGUUCAGCUUCUCAGGAUCAAGGACUAUCGAGCAUCCAGAUUACCCACACUACUGUGAUCUCUUACAGAAAAUGAACAUGCCCUUUGUGAAAGGAAUCGAAGACAGACAUAACUAUGGCAGAUUUGAAAGGAAAGGCAACCCUGUAUUUUUAAAAUUUCAUCCUUAUCCCCCUUCAGUGCUGCCGGAUUACCAUUUCCACUACCCUUAUCCCCCACCCUAUGGGAAGGAGUAUCCACUGUUUCCACUUCGUGAUGAUGUGCCCUUAGGUGAUCCCUGCUCAGGAUUCCUGAGUCCUGGUGCUGAUGCUAAUUUAAAGCCGGGCGUUGGCAGAACCAUACCAAACCUGGUGAGUUUCAGUGAUGUGAAACCUCAAAACCGAGUUCCGAGGCCAGACAAAGGAUUUCAAACAACAAUCAAAAGGCAAACGAUACUUUCAGAAGAACUGCAACAGAGCAGAAGAUGGAAUUCCAAGGAAGUGCCAGACAUUGCCAUCAGGGCAAAACUUGGCGGUUGGACAAGCCCAGUGAAAGCUGCUCCGUUACCAGUUCACGAACACAAAAGAAGCUUAAUGAGUCGCAUACACACAUUUGAUGAGGAGGCAACAAGUAAAGAUAAUGAUGAACCACCUGCCCAGCUAGACAAGAAAUAUAAUCUAAAGGAUUCAUUUUACAAAUCCUCAACACAGAAAGCUUAUGAAACUGUUCCGUGGGACAAAAUGCUACCACCAAAACUUGACCCAGAGGAAACAACACUGGAAAAGGCUGCUGACCUCAUCUCACAGUGUUUCACACUGAAAAGAUAUGAAAAGGUGCCAGCCAUAACCCAGAUGGUCGGAGGACUCUGGGACAGAUUUCAGACGAGAUUGUUCUCAGCGCCAGUCAAACCAAUCAAUUUUGUGAGCCCAAGCUCUAGGAGUAAAUACAUUCCUCUCUACACCGGCCAUGUGCAGAGUACAAAAGCGGAUGACGUGGACGACCCCUAUGGCAAUAUCGCAUCUGUGGCCAAGCCACGGCUCUCUAAACUGCUCUACACAAACACAAGUCGCGGGGCGAAUAUUCCAGGAUACACCGGCAAGGUUCAUUUCACGGCCACCCACCCAACAAAUUCUAAUAUUCCAUCCACAAGCCCGUCACCAGAUUCGGAGAUGAACCGAAUUUUCCGACAAGAAAUGGUAGUUGACCGCUUCCGUCACCAGGCCCCAUUGUCCAGAAUGGUCACAACUGUGAGGCCCUACAACCCCUUCAACAGGAAGGAAAAAGAAACCGUUGAUUAAUUACAGACACCACGCCCCUGAGAGACCUCUAAGCCCCAGCUGGGGGGAGUGCUUUGUACACAGUGAUGGAGAAGCAAAAGACUGCAGAAUGUUCUAACCGUGUCUG